AUGGAGCUGGCCGGCGUGCCGCGGCCGUGGCGCUACGGGCUGCUGCUGGGCGCCUACCUGCUCUUCCUGCUGCUGGGCGCCGGCGUGCUGGUGGCCCUGGAGGGCGCGCCAGAGGAAGCCCUGCGCCGGGAGCUGCUCGACGCCCGCGCCCGCUUCCUGCACGACCACCGCGCCUGCCUCUCGGCCCCGCAGCUGCAGCGCCUCCUGGAGCGCCUGGUGGCCGCCGACAGCUACGGUGUCUCCGGCCUGGGCAAUGUCUCCGGCGACGAGAACUGGGAGUUCACCUCCGCCCUCUUCUUCACCGCCAGCGUGCUCACCACCACCGGUUAUGGCCACACGGUGCCUCUCUCAGAUGGGGGCAAAAUAUUCUGUGUCUUGUACUCGCUGCUGGGGAUCCCGAUGACGUUACUGCUCCUGGGCUGCCUCCUCCAGCACCUGCUGCCCUUUGUGAGCUAUCGGCCCGUACAGUACAUCCACAAGCGCUGGGGUUUCUCGCUGGCCCGCGUUGCCCUGACCCAUGCUGCAGGGCUGGGGCUGGCCACUCUUGGACUCUUCAUCCUCAUCCCAGCUGUCUGUUUCUGGGCACUGGAAGGCAACUGGAACUUCCUGGAGUCUGUCUAUUUCUGCUUCAUCUCACUCAGCACCAUCGGUCUGGGAGACUACGUACCCAAGGGAAGCUCCCAGCCAUCUCUGCAUGAGCUAUAUGAGCUCAGCAUCACCUGCUAUCUCCUUGUGGGCCUUCUGGCCAUGCUCCUGGCUCUCGAGACAGCAUACAGGCUGCGGGAAGUCCGUGCUUUCAUCCACUUCUUUGCCCCUGCUCGUGACUCUCCCCAGGAGGACGAUGACCAUGUGGAAAUUCUGGCCAGGGACCAGUUUGCUUUGGCCACAGUGUCUACAAUAAGUUCCCCAGACGGGCCCGCAGAAAAAGGGCCCACUUGAUGUUUUCCUUGGCGGAGGUAGGC